AUAAGAAUCCGUUAACAGAAAAGUCAAGCUGGCAACCUCGUACCUCGUGCCUUGUGCUGACACCUUUUGUCAUCUGUCACUGUCAUUUAAGUCGGCACCAUCUUGAUUAUUGAGGACAAUUUAGUGAAUUAAGGAGAUCAACAUGGCGUCCACUUUGUUUGCUCUUACUGCAAGAGCAAUCAGAAAUGUUCCAAAAACUACUGGACAAGCUGCUGCUAUGAGCAGUUAUGCCCGCACUUUAAUUGGCAAAAGGGAAAUAGUAGGUUUUGGAUACAAUGGAGAACCUAAUUAUGCAGAUAGGUCAGAUUUCCCAAUGCCAGCCAUUAGGUGGAGAGAACCCUCAGCCGACACAAAUGCUUUGAGAGAAAAGGAGAAAGGUGAUUGGAAAAAUUUAAGUAUGGAAGAAAAGAAAGCUUUAUACAGAGCUUCGUUCUGCCAAACUUUUGCUGAAUUUAAAGCCCCAACAGGAGAAUGGAAGUCAGUCGUUGGAUUGGGUUUAGUAUUAGUAUCUGGAGCUUUUUGGAUCUUCUAUUUCUUUAAAGGAUUUGUGUACAGCCCUCUACCUAUUACUUUCGACAAGGAGCACAGAGAAGCCCAAUUGAGACGUAUGAUUGAUCUUCAAGUAAAUCCUGUGCAAGGUCUUGCUUCUAAAUGGGACUACGAAAAGGAUGACUGGAAGAAGUAGACAUAAUUUAAAGGUUUAUAUAUACAUUACAUGUAAAAGGAUUGCUAGUGUUUGACAGCCACUAGCUCUCCUUUCUUUUUAAUAAAUAUUAGUAAUAUAAUCAUCUAGAACCUUAUUUAUACCUUUCCGUGAUAUAAUGAUACAAUGUUUAGUGUUGAUGUUGAUAUAGAUUGCUAAGUAUGAAUAAAGAUUUUUUUCUUUAAA